AUGGAUAUCCCUGUUCAAUCACCGUGGUUCCGACGCGGUUACCCCGGUAACGACGCCCGACUCUUCGGACAGUUUUUCGGAGAGGGCAUGUAUGACUUUCCAACGCCUGCGGUCAGUCCGUACUACAGACCGGGGUUCUACCGCCACCUGCUCGACUCCGGCUACUCCGGCGUCUCCGAGGUGCGCUCCGACCAGGACCGGUUCACCAUCUACCUGGACGUCAGACACUUCUCCCCGGAGGAGGUCCAGGUCUCGGUAGCCGACGGCUACGUGGAGGUCCGGGGGAAACACGAGGAAAGACAGGACGACCACGGCUACGUCUCCCGGGAGUUCCAGCGUCGGUACCGCCUCCCCUCCGACGUGGCCCCGCCCACUAUCACCUGCACGCUGUCGGGUGACGGGCUGCUCACCCUCCACGCCCACAAGCUAGGCCGCGACGGCGAACCAUGCCGCAACCGUGAGCGCAGCAUUCCGGUAACCCACGGCGACAAGGCGGAAGCUCUUGACUCGUCCUAA